AUGCAUGACCGUGGGGAUUAUAAGUCAGGAUGGCAGUUGGAAAAGGAGUGGGAGGAAGCAGAGAAGGCAAGGAAGAGAAAUUUGGCUAUGGAAGGGGAUGAUCCAGAGGAGGGAGGCGCUGACCGAAGUGAUGAAGAUGAUGAUGAUUUGUUGUCCUUUGCAUGCUUUAUUUGUAGGCAGCCUUUUAUGGAUCCUAUUGCAACAAAGUGCAAGCACUAUUUCUGUGACCAUUGUGCUUUAAAGCACCAUUGAAGUAAUAAAAAGUGUAACAAAAAGUGCUUUGUAUGCAACGAGGAAACCCAUGGCAUAUUCAACAUUGCUUUUGAGAUACACAAAAAGAUGGCUGCUGAGAAAUAUUGCCGAGUUUGGCAUUCUUAUGUUUGUUCACAAGCUGGGCUCAAAACUCUUUACAUAGAAGAUCAGCAAUCAAGUUCAUUCUCUGUGAUCUAAUCUGAACGAUGUCCGAACUGUUAUCAUCAUUAUAGCGGAAUGGAUGAUGCUUUAUUGUAAGCUGGUCUUGGUGGUGGUUGAUGGUGUUUAUGCUAAGGCUCGGGACUUGAGUCCAUAUUGUGACUUGAUUCGAUUGGUAUAAGAAAAUUGCUGGUCCACUCCAAAAAAGGGAAAAAGAUUCUUUCCGUGUAAAGAGCCUAGAAGAAAGAUCAUCAGAGAGAGAGAGAGACAGAGGAUAGGAGUUUAGUAGCUAACAACUUAUCUCCUUGAGUUCAGAUUUGAGCAGAUUUAAGCCACCUUUCACUCCAACGGUUCAGAUCCAGCCUCCAGAUCUGGUGGGAUGAGAAUGACACCCUUUUUCUCUCAAAUCUGUAGCUCUGGGAUGGAGAUGGGCUGGUGAGGCUU